UUCACUCCCAGUCACGUAUACAUAACUCUGCUCAAUCUCAGCAAAAAGAAACGGAGUUCACUCACUCUCUCUCUAAAAGUUCAUGUUCUCUCUCUAGAAUUUUGAGAUCUUGAAACCCUAGAAAUUUCCAGAUUAGGAAAGCUGAGUCGUUUCUUCUUCUGUUCAUCGUGAUUCGUUGUUGCAAUUUUAAGGAUACAUAUAUCAGAAAUUUAUGGCUUUUGACCUCUGCGGCCCAUCAUUCCCUGAAGUAGAAAGCAGCUGUUGCAUACAACCAGAAUGGCAGUGUGACUUUUACUUUGGUUAUGGCAUUGACAUGAUUGAAGAAAAUGCCUUGAACGAGAAAUGUUGUGUUCAAGUUCUGCGGAUAUUGAUUACAAAAGCAGAUACUGAAAUCGAUGAACUUGAAAAAGAUUUGGUAUUUCUCCAAAGUGAACUGGCAUGGGCUGAACAUGAAGAAUGGUCUGACAUCUGCUGCAAUGCUUUGAGAGAAAAGAUCAAUUGCCUUGGUAUCUCAAUAAGGAAAUUGAGGAACAAGGAUGAGAAUGACAUUGAGGUUUAUUUAUUGAUGCAUACAGAACCUGCUGAGAAAUUGCAUGAAAUGGUGAAGGCCCUGCUCAAAAGUUUCUGCCAUGAGAAAAAUGAACAGAAAGUUGUUGGCUUAGAUUCAAGGUCUGGUUCUCCAGAGCAGUUGGCUGGCCUGCAUAAGAACCACAAAUCGAGCAAUUCAAAUUCAUGUUUCAUUGCAAAGGAGGAAAACAAUGGAACCAGUUUUACUCCCAAAGAAAACUGUACUUCCUCAAAUCCAUCUAAAGAGCUUGAAGAGAAGAAAGCAAAUAGUUCAGAAACACUAGCAAAUGCCAAUGUCAAAGAUCUGAUACUUCAUUCCCUGCCACCAGCAGCUGAUCAAUUUGAUGAGAAGGAAGUUGUAACCAUCCUUGAUUUAGAAACUACCAAGAAGCAAGGAAUCAAAGAUUGUGGUCUCACUCUUAAAGACAAAAAUGUGAUCCAGCAUUCAUCUCCUAAGUCUACACAGAAGAGGAUGCAUAACUUAGACAGGACAAAGAUUAAGGAGCUGGCUGCACAGUUUGUGAAUAACUCAGACCCGGAUACUUCAAAAAAUUCAGCUGGCCACCUGAACAAGAAGAAAAAAUUAAGUUCUUCUAGUUUAAAAAUUGUGAGUGAGGAAGCAACAGUGCAGACUUCUAUAUCUGCAACAGAUAUGUUAAUCCUAGGUUCGUCAUCAAAUCCAAUGGGGAAGAGAACAGAUCUUAGCAAGAAAGUGAAGGAGGAGCAGCCUGCAAAUAUUAUUGCCAAAGAUUCAAUCGCUCGUAAACAGAAAACAGGCCACUCCAAUGAGAUGAAAAAGCUGUGUAAGUGUGACCUGAAAGUUAACGGAUGUGAAGUGCAAGGAUGUUAUACAACUACCAUCGAAAGUAAAAUUUCAAAUUCAUGUUUGAAUCCUGAACAUAAAGGAAAUAUUCUGACAGCAGAUAAGCCUGCAAAUGCUGUGGUUAAAACUAGUAGUCCUGAUACUUUGAGACAUACGACUGGCCUCAACAGGAAGGAAAAUAGCUCUGAUUCAAGGAUAGGUGCUUUCAGACAGGCAGAAAGUCUAAAAUGUGAUAUGGAGCAAAAACUAUGUGACUUAGCUGUGAAAUAUGCAUGUAAACGAGGCAUCAAAGAGUUAAAGGUUGCUUCAACUGACAAGAAAGGGCCUUCAAAUUCAUUAUUUAAGGGAGAAGGGAAGAGAAAAGACUCUUUACAAGUUGUAAUGCAAAAAGAAGCUGCUCUGAUUGACAACAAACAUUCUGCCUUAACCUCACUCAUAGAACUGCAGGAUGAGAGGGGCAAGGAUAAAACCAUACAAUGUAUGGAGGGAAAACCAGAAGCGGAGGAAGUUCAGAUGGCUGAAAUUGCUGCUAGUGAUGACAAACUUGUUAUGAACUUUAAGGAAAAGACAAAUAUGGAGUCAACUUCUGCCAUUGUUGAAGAACCUGGUUUAAAUUCAAAGGAAAAUGCUUCAAACUCAUCUUCAUUUUCAAAAGGAAAGAGGCCAUGGAAAAAUGCUAACAACCAUACUUUAAACUAUUCUUUGAGUGGAAAAAUCCAUGAGAAAACUGUUCAGCAGAGCCAAUGUGAAGAAGAAGAGCAGAACAUGAUGCUGGAUUCUAGCCAGAAUACCAUUUCACUGCCACAAAAGAAAAGCAAAAAGUUUUCUAGUAUACCAAUCGUUGUGGAGAUCAGUGGUUCAUCUGUUCAAAUGAACAUCUCACAGUUGCAUGGGGACAUAAGUAUGUGUACCACCAAGGCAGAUUUUGCUAUAUCAGAGGGUGUUGAUCAUUCCUGUGCAAAGGGCGUGGCACCCCAGCCUUUCGAUACAAAUAACUUGAUGAAAAUGAAGUUGUGUGAGCUGAGGGCCAUUGCAAAAGAGCAGAAGCUGACAAAAUACUCCGCACUAAAAAAGGAAGAUCUGGUCAAACAAUUGGAAAAUCGAUUAAGUUGCUAAUGAAUAUAUGAAUGGAUUCUGUACAGGUUGGUAUCCCAUAUAUUUUGUUUUCUUCUGCUACAUGUUAUAAAGAAAGCCUUGCUUUUGCAUGUUUGAAUUGCUCCAUUGUUCUGCAUCAUUGUAUGAAUCCCAAGGAAAAAUCUGAUGGGUGACACAGUCUUCA